AUGUUUGACCCUAAAAUUUUAGAUAUCCCAGCUGUGAUAUUUGACAACGGAUCUGGAUUAUGCAAGGCUGGUAUUGCAGGGGACAGUGCGCCAAGGUCAGUUAUUACAGCAAUUGUUGGUCGCUCGAAAGCCAAAGCAACGAUGCUAGGAGCAGGACAGAAGGAAUUUUAUGUUGGAGAAGAAGCCCAGUCCAAAAGGGGUGUCUUAAGUUUGAAUUAUCCAAUCGACCACGGCAUAGUUACGUCCUGGGAUGACAUGGAGAGGAUCUGGAGACAUGUCUACGAGUGUGAGCUGAGAAUCAAAGCUAGCGACAGGCCAGUGCUACUGACGGAGGCCCCACUCAAUCCCCUACAGAACCGGGAAAAAAUGACUGAGAUCAUGUUUGAAGGCUUUAAGGUGCCUGCCAUGUAUGUUGCAGUGCAGGCGACGCUGGCACUCUAUGCCUCAGCACGCACCACAGGGAUAGUAAUGGACAGUGGAGAUGGAGUUACCCACACCGUACCCAUCUACGAAGGAUACUGUUUACCCCAUGCAGUUUCCAGGCUGGAUAUCGCAGGCAGGGAUAUCACUGAAUACUUCAUGAGACUCCUUUUGGAAAGUGGCCACUCCUUCGUGAGCACAGCUGAGAGGGAGAUCGUGAAAGAUAUCAAGGAGAAGCUGUGCUAUGUGGCUUUAGAUCCUGUCAAAGAAACGAAAGCAAAGCCAGAAGAAAUCCUCAAAGAAUACAAACUGCCUGAUGGAAAUAUCAUUAAGAUAGGCAAUCAGCUCUUUCGAGCCCCGGAGACCCUUUUUAUGCCCGCUAACAUUGGUAUCGAAGCCCCCGGGGUGCACAAAAUGAUCUUCAACAGUGUGAUGAAAUGUGACAUUGAUGUUCGCAGGGAUCUUUACGACAACGUGCUUCUUUCCGGUGGGUCCACCCUAUUUCCUGGACUGGAUGAACGGAUCCUGAGGGAGAUGCAGCGGCAGGUGCCCAUCGGGAUGGCCGUACGGGUCAUAGCACCGCCCGAGAGGAAGUACUGUGUGUGGAUCGGGGCCUCCAUCCUCACUUGCUUGUCAGCUUUUAAACAAAUGUGGGUCACCGUCAGUGAUUACAAAGAGUUUGGUGCUGCUGUAGUACACAGAAAAUUGAUGUUUAAUCCCCAAACUUUAGAUAUUCCAGCUGCGAUUUUUGACAAUGGAUCAGGGCUAUGUAAAGCUGGCCUGUCAGGAGAAAUUGGUCCAAGACACAUCAUUCCUACAGUUAUUGGCUUCCCCAAAACAAAUAUGUCACUGUCAGGAGCAGCUCAGAAGGACUGCCGUGUGGGAGAAGAAGCCCAGCACAAACAGGAUGUGUUGUCUUUGAAGUAUCCCAUUGAACAUGGUAUAGUUACAUCUUACGAUGAUAUGGAGAAGAUCUGGAAGCAUAUCUAUGAGCAUGAAUUGGGACUGAAAGCCUCUGAGAGGCCUGUGCUAAUGACUGAGACCUCUUUGAACCCAAUGGAGAAUCGAAAAAAACUGACUCAGCUGAUGUUUGAACGGUUUAAGGUGCCUGCUUUCUACCUGUCUGUCCAUGCCAUAUUGUCGCUCUAUGCCUCAGCACGCAUCACAGGACUGGUCAUAGACAGUGGAUUUGGUGUUACCCAGACGGUACCAGUCUACGAAGGGUACUACUUACCCCAUGCUGUCUCCAGGCUGGAGGUCGCAGGCAGAGAGAUCACAGAGUUCCUCGCGAAGCUCCUGGUGGAAAGUGGGCAACGCUUUGAGAGCCUGGCGAAGAAGAAGACUAUCAUAGAGGACAUCAAGGAGAAGUUGUGCUACGUGGCUCCUGAUCCACACAAAGAAUUAGCCAAGAGGCCAGAAGAGGUCCUGAAAGAAUAUAAACUGCCUGAUGGGACUCUAGUCAGUAUUGGCAGCCCACUCUUUCAAGCACCAGAGAUCCUCUUUGCGCCAGGUAGCACUGGUAACGAUGCACCAGGCCUUGAUAGGAUGAUUGCUCACAGUGUUUCAGAGUGUGACGUCAAUAUUCACAACACUCUCUAUGGGAACAUGGUGCUGUCGGGUGGUUCGUCCCUCUUUCAUGGGCUGGAUGAGAGGAUUUUUAAGGGACUAGAACACCAGGUCCCCAAAGGGGUUCCUAUAAAGAUCAUAGCACCCACAGACAGGUGGUUUUCUGCAUGGAUCGGGGCUUCUGUAAUUACUUCCUUGACCAGCUUCAAGGAAAUGUGGAUCACUGCAGCUGAUUACAAGGAUUUUGGACCAAACAUUGUCCAAAGAAGAUGUUUUUAA